AUGAGAGGCCCUGUGCCGCAGCUGCUGCACUGUCUUUUCCUCUUGCUGUUGCUGCUGCUGCUGCUGCAGCACAGCCCUGCAGGCUGCAGGAGCUUGAAGCGCAGUAGACUGAAGAACGUGCCGUUGCCCUUGUCAGACGGUGCAGCAGCAGCCGCAGCAACAGCAGCAGCAGCAAAGGCAGCAGCCAAAUCAGCAGCAGCAGCAGCAGCAGCAGCAGCAGCAGCUUGCAUGCGUUUGGCAUUCCGCUGUUCGACGACGGGCCCGCCCGCGGCCGCAGGGCCUCUGUGGACUUCGCCUACGAAAUUGGACAGCAGCAGCCCAACAUUGCCUUUGACUACCAGACGGCCAAUUUGCUGUCGCAGAGAGUCGCGAAGGCACUCUGGUCUUUAUAGAAGAGGAGGGGCUUGGGAGAGCAGCAGACACAAAAAUGACUGCAGAAGAAGCAGCAGGUGGCACUCGAAUAGACCCGAACGAAGUGAAAAAGAUAGAGAACGUCUUGCCUACCUUCACCAGACCAGACGGCAGCGGCAUCUUGCGGCUGCUGUCUGCAUGCGACGGCCAAUUCGCAUUUGUCUUUCAAGGCCCCCUGCAGCACCGCCUGGGGGGUACAUGAUAACUUCAGUGUACCCCGAAGCCCAAGUGAAGUUCAUAACAGACACUACGCGGACCCCGAUGACCGACCAGGGUGCCUUAAAGGGUUUAUUCCCGACGAGGAAGUUUCAGAGCCGAGGGUCUGUGCUGCAGUACCGCAAGGCAAUCCGCUGGCGCCAUCCUCGGUUGUACCACCACGAGGAAGGAAAACCCUUGCCAGAAGGACACAUCAGAGCCCCUCAGCCAAUACCCUAA